AUGAAUUCAAAUAGUAGAGUAUUCAAUGCUCUUCCUGGUAUAGUAUUAUCUGACUUAGCAGACUCUACAUUAAUAAUUCCGUCUAUUUCGAUAGGGAAUAUUCCACAAUUGGCAAAUGAUCUUUUGAUUCAUUCAUUAAAUUUCAUAAAAAUCGGGAGUCUUAACGAUACUUAUUUAUACCCAUUUGCAUCCCCAAUAGACACCCUGGCAGAUAUUGGACAAAAAAAAGGAAUUUCUACUGCUGUAGAAGUUUAUCACAAUAAAGAAUUGAAAUUAACAAUAAUUCAACAAAGAUCUCCAAUUAUUUCUGGCUGUACCAAGACAUACGUAAAUGAAGUUAUUCUUCCGUUUAUAAAGGAAACUAAGAUGGUGAAAUUUUUGAUAUUAGAUUCAUCAGAUGCUGGUUUAGUAGAAAACUUGUCUCCGGGAACAAUUGACUUCUAUACAAACGAGGACUUAUUGAAUAAAUCACUUGAGACGUUAAAGAUAGGUCUGGGUGAAGCAAUUCAAUUAAGAAAUGAUGAUUAUAGUCACUCAAGCUACAUACGUUCAUUAAUUAUGUAUUUACAUUCUGGAGACCUGUCCGCAGAUUUCGAAGUAAAUGUUCUUGUCUCAUAUGUUUAUGAAGGUGAUAACUUUUUUGACGGAGAGCACUUAGCCAAUAAGACCAUUGAGGUAUUGAAUUUAUCACCAAUUGAAAAUUGGAUAAGACCAAGAAGUUGGUCAGGUGUCUAUGGUGAUAGGCAAGUGCCUAAUGCAAUGGAAGAAGGUUUAUUUGGUUAA